AACAUCACAGCACAGUUGCAGAGAGGGCGGCUUGGCUUUGCUGCUCCGGUGUCACUCUCCCCUGUCUCGCCUAGUCGCCUCGCCCCUUCCGUUUCGUUUCGCCAGUCGCCACCAUUUGGACCAACGCCACCACCACCACCACCGGUGUGUAUCGGACCAAACCGGCAACCAGCCGCGUAGAAGGCUUCUCGGAUCAAGUUCGGAGGAAGAGCAAGGAGCGGGGGGGCGUCCGUAGAGUCUCACCGAGGUCCAUCCCCAUGGCGGCCAACCCCUCCUCCUCCCCGUCGGCGGGGGGCGGCGACGUGUCGGCCGCCUCCUCCCCGACGCUGCCGCCGGUGCUCGCGGCGGCGCAGGCGGCUUCGGCGGCGGCGAUCCACCCCACCUCGCCGCGCUACUUCUUCUCCUCGCUCGCAGGCACCAACGCCUCCCCGCACCGGCGCAUCGCCAUCGCCGUCGACCUCUCCGACGAGUCCGCCUACGCCGUCCGGUGGGCCGUCCAGAACUACCUCCGCCCCGGGGACGCCGUCGUGCUCCUCCACGUGCGGCCCACCUCCGUGCUCUACGGCGCCGACUGGGGCUCCAUCGCCGUCUCCGUCUCCGACGACGCCGACGGGGAGGUCGCCCCCGCGGCCUCCGCGGAGGAGCUGCAGAAGAAGCGGGAGGAGGACUUCGACGCGUUCACGUCGACCAAGUCGCAGGACCUGGCGCAGCCGCUGGUCGACGCGCAGAUCCCUUUUAAGAUCCAUGUCGUCAAGGACCACGACAUGAAGGAGCGCCUCUGCCUUGAGGCCGAGCGUCUUGGCCUGUCCGCAAUGAUCAUGGGAAGCCGCGGCUUUGGUGCCUCGCGGAAGGGCGGGAAGGGGAGGCUUGGGAGUGUUAGUGAUUAUUGCGUGCAUCACUGUGUCUGCCCGGUUGUGGUUGUUCGUUACCCCGAUGAUGCUGCAGGUGCCGACGCGGAGGCAUCAGGCCCAACAGAUGAGCUUCACACUGUGCCUGAGGAUGAGCCUGUGUAUCAUGAUGCGCCCGAGGUGCACAAAGAAAACUGAGGCAAUGCAUCUGGAGCGCAAGGAAAACAUGGGGCUUGCCCCGAGGUGAUCUGUGUAUUAGAACAAUGCAACUACUGUUUUGCUGUUUCUUUUGUAUCUACUGGAUACCAUAUAAACUGGGUUCACCAGCAAUGCUUUACAUUUUAAGUGUUGGACUCUUUAGAUCGGGGGAGUCUUUGUUGGUUUGUUUUGUAAACUGACACAGUCCACAAUCCCCGUGGGUGCAAAAAGGAAUUGUGUUACGGAUGUUUUGGUCAUGACUCAUGAGUCCCUGUUAUUUUAUAC